AUGCUGACCAUUGCCUCGUCUAUCUCUAUGCACCAAACAGCUCACCGUAAAUUCGAAAGGCCACGUCACGGAUCCUUGGGAUUCUUGCCCCGCAAGCGUGCUUCCCGCCACCAGGGUAAGGCCAAGUCCUUCCCCAAGGAUGAUGCCUCCAAGCCCGUCCACUUGACCGCCUUCAUGGGUUACAAGGCCGGUAUGACCCACGUCGUCCGUGACUUGGACCGUCCCGGUUCCAAGAUGCACAAGAAGGAGAUCGUCGAGGCCGUCACCAUCAUCGAGACUCCCCCCAUGGUUGUCGUCGGUGUUGUCGGUUACGUCGAGACUCCCCGCGGUCUCCGCUCGUUGACCACCGUCUGGGCCGAGCACUUGUCCGAGGAGCUCAAGCGUCGCUUCUACAAGAACUGGUACCGCUCUAAGAAAAAGGCCUUCACCAAGUACGCCAAGCAGCACGCCAACGGUGCCAAGCCCGUCCUCCGCGAGCUCGAGCGCAUCAAGAAGUACUGCGCUGUCGUCCGUGUCAUUGUCCACACUCAGGUCCGCAAGGUCAAGAUUGGCCAGAAGAAGGCUCACGUCAUGGAGAUCCAGUUGAACGGUGGUUCCGUCGCCGACAAGGUCAACUUCGCCUACGAGCACUUUGAGAAGACCGUUGAUAUCAACUCUGUCUUGGAGCAGGACGAGAUGAUCGAUGUCAUCGCCGUCACCAAGGGUCACGGUUUCGAGGGUGUCACCCAUCGUUGGGGUACCAAGAAGCUUCCUCGCAAGACUCACAAGGGUCUCCGCAAGGUCGCCUGUAUUGGAGCUUGGCAUCCUUCCCGAGUCAUGUACUCGGUUCCCCGUGCUGGUCAGAACGGUUACCAUCACCGUACUGAGGUCAACAAGAAGAUCUACCGCAUCGGAAAGGGCGAGGACAAGUCCAACGCCAAGACCGAGUACGAUUUGACCGAGAAGGCCAUCACCCCCUUGGGUGGUUUCCCCCACUACGGUAUCGUCAACGAGGACUUCGUCAUGAUCAAGGGAUGCUGCGCUGGUACCAAGAAGCGUGUCGUCACCCUCCGCAAGUCUCUCCUUGUCCACUCUCGUCGCUCUGCCCUCGAGAACGUCCAGCUCAAGUUCAUCGAUACUUCUUCCAAGUUCGGUCACGGUCGCUUCCAGACCCGCGAGGAGCGCCAGCAGUUCAUGGGCACCUUGAAGCGCGAUCUUUAA